UUUACAGUGAAACACAAAAUUCACCAUCUUUACAACUUGCAGCAGUCUCAAGUGCUUCAGAAUGUGCAGGAACUAGUGCCAGCACUAAUACAACUAGGCCAAUAUGGUCUAACUCACACAGAGUAAAUUCAACAAUGUUUUCUUUUCUCGACCAUAUGACUCCAACAGCUAAGGACAAAGCCAAUGAGUUGCUGGCUAAAGCUAUCUAUGUUAGUGGAGCACCUUUAUCAAUGGUUGAGCAUCCACUGUGGCAAGAAUUCUUUAAGUUAAUUCGCCCCGCGUACAGUCUGCCAACACGAAAAUCAGUUUCAACAACCCUUCUUGAUGCAGAGUUUGCAAAAACUCAAAAUAGAAUUAAAGGAAUAAUAGCUGAUGCAAGAAACCUUGCUCUGCAGUGCGAUGGCUGGAGCAAUCUGAGGAAUGAAAGCAUUUUGAAUUUCAUCAUCAACACACCACAGCCAGUGUUUGUAGACUCUAUUAAUACCAAAGACAACUGUCAUACUGGAGAAUACAUCGCUGGUGAAAUGAAAACAAUUUUGAUGAAAUAUGAUCCAAGAAAGUUCUUAGUGGUUAUUGGUGAUAAUGCUUCCAACAUGAAGAAAGCAGGUGAACUGGUAGAAAAUGAAUUUCCACAUAUUGUGUCUAUUGGAUGUAUAGCACAUACACUACAUCUUUUAUGCAAUGAUAUUGUGAAGUGUGAGUCAGUUUCUAAUUGUUUCAAAAGAGUAGUUGACAUCAUUAAAACAAUCAAACAGUCUCAUAUUUUAACUUCAGUACUUUCUGAAAUUAAUGAGACAAAAGGUAACAAAACUACCCUUCACUUGCCUGUUGUAACCCGUUGGGGAAGUUUCUUACAUUGCUUAGACAGUAUGAUGAACAACAGAGUAAGUUUACAGACCUUAGCAGUAAGCGAAAAAGUUGGUAAUGCAAUUUCAAAAGACAUUAAAACCAACAUUUUGGAUGAUGAUGUGUUUUGGAUAAGAAUUGAAAAAUUGGCUAACCUGUUACGGCCAGUUGUUUCCUGGAUUUCAAGGUUAGAAUCAGAUAAACUCAAUAUUCAUAACACACAUGGAGCUUUAGCUGAAAUUGAAGAUGCUUUAAAAGUGUCACUUCCAGAAUCCCCACUUUCAAAGAGCGACGAGAAAAUUGUACUAAUGAAAAUGGAAACCAGGAAAGAAUUUGCUUUGAAACCUAUCCAUCUGGCUGCAUGCAUGUUACACCCCUCUUCACAAGGCCAUACACUUAAACCUGAUGAACAAUUUCAACCGAUAUGGAACACAUUGAAGAAGGUAUAGUUUUAACAGAGUUAGCUCAGUACCGAAGUAGAGAAGGUAUGUGGGCCAAAGAAUUUCUUUGGAUGGCGCUUGAAAAAGGUAAAAUCGAACCCUGUACUUGGUGGAAAGGUCUGUGUGGUCAUACACAGCUGUCAAAAGUAGCAAACAGAAUCUUAGGUAUGCCAGUAACCUCUGCUGCUACAGAGAGGUCUUUCAGUACACAUGGUAGUAUACAUACAAAACUAAGAAACUGCUUGACCACUGAAAGAGCAGGUAAAAUAUCAUUCAUUGCCCACAACUGGAAAUUGUGCCACCACAUCCUGGAGGACAUUGAAAAAUUGGAAAGGAAAGAUUCUAUUACUGUCAUUGUGGAAGACAAAUGUGAGAAAGUACAGCAGAAGAAAAAACUACCACAGUGUGUUUUAAAAGAAGACAGUGCAUCUUGUUCUAACAAUGAAACAGAAGAGGAAGAAAACCGUGAUUUCAGUUAUGAGGACAAUGAUGAUUUCAUUGGUUUCUAAGACCCAAUAUGACUUAAAUAAAGACAUGUUUGUUUCCAAUUCAGUUAAAACUGUAACAUGUAUGAUU